AUUUUGAAUUCACCAUAGGGCUCAGCCAUUCCUAGAGGAAUUCUAGGCACCUUGGAAAAAAGCGAAAUCGCGCUAGGGAUUUCAGCCGAUCUGGCAGCUCUUCCGAUGCCACUGGCGCGCCUUUUAAUCCAAAGCGCCUUUUUCGUGUCUCAUGUUUGCUCGUUUAUUGCGGAGGCCUAUAUAUGCUUCAAGAUGCUGGAAAAGGAUCACUUCCAAGUAAUCUGGAAGGCUGAUGCCAAGUACAUCUUGUGCGAGAAGCUUGAUAUGAUUCCUGACCUGGAACCGGAGUUGAUGGAGGGCACCACUGUGGCCUACCGAUGUCCGGCGUCAAAGGAAUCGGCCCUGCAGUGGAUUCAGCUGUACCAAGAGGCCGCCAACAUCACCCUGACGACGUACGACUCCAUGUCGAAUGGCCAAAGGGUGGUGUACUGGGCCAGGCUUCGUUGUCACCACGACGUCCCAGAAAAGCCGAGUCGUCCGAGGAAAAACCAAUCCGCCAAGGACACCGGGUGCCCCCUGCGCCUGAAAGUGACUGUCGCCAACACUCCAAAACGGAAUAGGUCUACAGACCCAUGCGCGGCUUACGAGCUACGGGUGACAUGUAACAAGAAGCCCCACAACCACGCCGUGGACAACGCUGCCGCUCUGAGACAUCGACGCGUCUCUGAGCUGACGAAGGCCCGGCUGAUGGAGCUGUUCCAGCACCACCACUCGCCCUCCACGGCGCUGGAGACCCUGAAACUACAGCUUCAGGAGGAGCAUGGGAGCGCCUACCCGUCGGUGGCCGCAGACCGAGCCAUUGUCCCAGAUAGGAUGGCCGUCUACUACCUGUACUACAAGCACUGUCGGGAGCGUUACCCAGCCUCGACCCAGGAGGAGACCAUGGACCUCAUCCGCCACAUGAAGGACGUCCGCACGGCGGUCUCAGUCGAGGACGGCGAGACGGUGAUCGCGGCGGUGACGCCGCUGAUGGAGCGCGUCCACACGCUCCCCGACGCGGGAGAGGUGGUCUUCGUCGACGCCUCAGGAGGGAUGAACCGGCACGGCCAGCGCGUCUUCCUGCUGAUGUGCUGGAGCCCGGCCGGUGGUCUGCCUCUCGGUGUCAUCGUCUCCACCUCGGAGACCGAGGCCGUGGUGGACAAAGCCUUCCGGCUGCUCGUCGGGAUUUUACCAGACGGCGCCUUUGGCGGGCGUGGAAGGCGCGGCCCUCUGUGCUUCAUGACGGACGACUGUCAGGCCGAGCGGAACGCGCUGUCGGCGGUGUGGCCUGAGGCGCGGCUCCUGCUGUGCACGUUUCACGUGCUGCAGGCCGUCUGGCGAUGGCUUCACAACGGCAAACAUGGCAUCGACAAGCAACACAGGCAGGCUAUCAUGGCACUAGCCAAACAGCUCGUGUACGCCAACAAUGAGGCGGAGAUAGCGACGACGAUGGAGCUGGUGGCUACCGAGUGGGGCGAGCGCUACCCACUGCUGGACCAGUACCUGCAGGGUUUCGCUGCCCGCCGUCAAGAGUGGGCGCUGUGCCUCCGCACGGAUGUCCCCACCCGGGGACACAACACGAACAACAUCGUGGAGUCCGCCUUCAGAGUCCUCAAAGACUCUGUCCUCUACAGGACUCGGGCGUUCAACCUGCUGCAGCUGUUUGAUUUCGUCACGGUCCAGCUCAGCAAGCACUACGCCAGGAGGGCGUGCGACGUGGCCAACGGCCGGCAGCGGGCGGCACUGCGCCGGUCCGCGGCGGCACCAGCCAAGAAACGGGCACUGUGACGCAGGUGACGGAGUUCACCUAUCAGGUGAAGUCGCUGACGUCGGUCGGCAUCACCUACCUGGUGGACCUGAACGUCGGCGCCUGCACCUGCAGGAUGAACCGGCGGACUGGCGGCUGCAAACACCUCCGAGCCGUGCGGCAGCAGACUGGCGCUGUGCCGGAGGCGACGGCGACAAAGGAGACGCGGAGGGCCUUGAUGGACAUCGCCAUGGGGACCAGCCAGCAGCUGCCAGGCAACUGGUUUGACCCUCUGGUCGCCGAGCCGUCCACCUCGUCACCUCCUGGCCCCACGCCCGCCAGCGCCCCCGGAGUCGCGCAGCCCCAGCCGUCGCCUGGUCCCGAGGAGUACGACGACGACGCAAUGGACUUCGAGGACCCCGCCGCUGCGGCGGCGGCUGUCAGUGGAGCUGAGCAGCGACGCUCAGAUGACCGGACACGCCAAACCGUGGCGUUCAUCCAGGAGUGGGCAGCCUUCAUGUGCGAGGCAGUCGUCCAGGACGACACCUGGGAGAGGGCUGCCGCUGCCUUCCAGCAGAGGUGGGGCCAGCUGCCCACUGCUGGCCGCCAGUCCGCUCUGCACCAGUUUGGAGGUGCGCAGGGCUGCCGGCGGAACGCCACCCAGAUUCCGGUCCAGCCGACCAGCACUGCCCGUCGCACCAGCACCAACGUGCGGGGUCGCGCUCGCUGGCCCGCUGGACGGCCGUGCCGCUCCGCGCGCACCGGGGAGCACGGCUACGUGGCAGCCUCCGCCAGGCGGUCGGCGGCGCCCCACAGCCUGGCCACCUGUGUUGACCAGAACCGCCCCCUGGGGCGCUGAGUGGUAGAGGUGAAGUGGGGGUGACCGGGGCAAGUUGGUGCCAGGGGGGGGGGGGGUAAGUUGGGACGGAAGGAAUAUUUCCAAUACUUCUCGACAGUUGGCGUUCAAACUUAUUUUGUACAUGCACAGUACAUGCACAGUCUGUUUGUCAACGUGGUGUCGGCGCGUGCUGAGGUAAGUGCUGUUCAUAAUCGCUACAAAUGUGUUUCAGGUACCAAAAGUGAUUUUCUUGCUGUGAAAAUAUUCUCUUCUAGUGUCGUUGUGUGUGCCUUUUUGUUUGCCGCAGGAGUACUGCAAACGUUUGUGUUUUGUCGUUAAUGCCCGCAUGGAUUAGCGAUGAUUGUUCAUGUGAAACAUGAAUAAAAAUGUGUUUAGA